AUGUCUAAGCGCGAGCUGCAUCAGAAGCUAUUCGAGGAGUUCGAUUACAAGGAGAAGGCGGGAACUGCGUGGAGCCAUAACUACUUGAAUCAGAAGCCAUGGCAUCCGCUGUCGUAUCCGAACCAGCGUCGCAAGUGGAUCGCGGAGCAGAUGCACGGUAUCCAGAACAAGCGACUGACCGAAAUAGAAAAAGAGUUCCAGAAGGAGCAGGAGUAUUUCAAGCAGACGGCGCUGCUCUCAAAGCAGCAGAAGGCCAAGGCAGAGGCGAUGCAGUCAGUGUCAUUCCUCUACAUGAAGCCGCCCGGGUACAACGCUGAGAGCGCGCGGGCGGCGGAGCUCGCAGAGGAGGAGAGGGCGAAGCAGGAGAGGGAGGGGAAGGCGCUAUUGGAGAGAGGAGGUGGGGCGGGAGGGGGCAGUGCAGGAGGGGGAGGGACGGGUGGAGGAGGAGAGGAGGGAGGAGGGGAGGGUGGGGGAGUGGGUGCGGAUGGGGCGUUGGUGGUGGGGGCGGAGGCAGGAUCUGAGCCGGCUGAUAAGGACCAGGCGGAGAAGAAAAAGAAGCCCCGAGCCACGGACGUGUUUGGGCGAGCCGUGCCAACUGGAGACGACUUUGAAGUGCUCAAGAACGCGCCCAGAAUGGACACAGGGAUUAUAGGCAGGCCUCGCCCGUUUGGCCUGGAACUAAGGAACGUCAAGUGCGGGCGAUGUGGGGCGAUAGGGCACAGCAGCGGCGAGAGGGAGUGCCCGCUGUUUGACUCUGUCACUGAAAACGACCUCAAGCGCCAGCAGAGGGAGGACCCUCUCUCUCAUAUCCUCGCCCUUAACCGCCCCCAGCCGUUUGGGUGGCAGCUGAAGGAGCAAGGGGCGGGCGGCAUGAGCCCGCCCCGGGGCGGCUUCAAGCCAAACGACGCCAACCAGCAGAUCCUGCCGCCCAGCGACGACGAGAACGAGGGCGUGUUCGACCAGUACGGAGGGUUUCUUUUAGGAGGAGAGGCGGAUGUAGCAGCAUUGGCGGCAGGUGCUCCUGCUGGGGGGGCGUUCGGAGGGACUCGCUGA